AUGGCGCCGCCGUCGUUUUCUCCUGCUGUCAAACACCACACAUCGCCAAACACCACACGCCGCCAAACACCACUGUAUUUCUCACAGAGCACCCGUCGCCAAACACCACCAUCUCCCUCUUCUCUUCCUUCUUCCUCAACUAAUAAUGUUACCCUCACAUCCACCACCACAACAACUACUCCUACCACCACCCACACUACUCCACAUCGAAAAUCACAACCUCAGGUGCCGCGAUGCGAUUCAUCCAACACCAAGUUCUGCUACUACAACAACUACAACCUCACUCAGCCCCGCCACUUUUGCAAGAUGUGCCACCGCUACUGGACCAAAGGUGGCGCUCUCCGCAACGUUCCAUCGAUGGCGGCUACCGAUAAAACAAAAAUAUCAGCGUGGCGAACUCAGUGGCAAAAGACAGCCUCAACCAAGAUGAAAGUCGUUGCAUCUGGAGCGGAUCUGGAGCUCGACGACGAGGCAGUGGUUGACCACGUGACGGCGAGGCAGCAACGGGGAGGCCGCGGCGGUGUGGGAGCAGCAGCGGGGAGGCGCGAGCAGUGGUUGGAUGGCAGCGGGAGAGAAGAAUUUCUUCGAUGGCAGCAGAGAGAAGAGCGGGUAGACGAACGGGAGCUCGACGACGAGGCAGUGGUGACCAUCGCGAAGGAGAGCAGCAACGAGGAGGCCGCAACGGUGAGAAGCAAGCAGCGGGGGGAGGCUGACGAAGCAUGUGGUUGGAUGGCAGUCGCGAGAGAAAGAAUUUCUUCGAUGUGGCAGCAGAAGAGAAGAGGAGCACAGAUAAGAGAAGAGCAGGUAGGUAGGGUAAAUUGA